GAUCGUAAUCCGACAAGAGUUGUAUCAAAGUCCCGGAUUCUACCUUCUCUGAUGGGGAAAAGAUUCUGGCCGACAGUGAACCAAUCCCCGGCAGCCGAAGCGACCGUGGCCGCAGCGGCGAUCCGGCUAACAUACUUUGAUUGCGUCUCUCUCUGUGUUUUUGCAAUUUUCUAUUCGCUCCACUUCGUGUCCGCUUGACUUUCGAGUCAACUCUACCCCAAAAGUCCUUUUCUGUUCAGCUUUCCCACUCCGACUGGUUCCUUUCUUCUUCCUUCCCCCAGGCAACAACAGUACAGAUCUCACAUGCGGAUAAAGGAAGAAUACCCGGAAACGAUUUGAUAUGAUUUCAGGCUUCUGUCUCGAGAUGACGCUCAAUGCGUUAAAUUUCCUCGCCUGUUCUGAUCAUGGUUAAAGAACAUGCUAUUGUGUAUUUUUGCAGGCCUCCCUUUACCCUGGUGUAUCCUCUGUUUGCUUCAAUCCGAGCAAUGGAGAGCAAUACCCAGUCCCGUUAUCAAUCAUGUCUUGUGUAUUGGGUUUUGUGUUCUAUUGCCACGUUCUUGGAGCCCAUGCUUGCCAAGCUUCUGUCAUGGUCCCCGUUUUGGCCUUAUGCAAAGGGCAUAACCAUCUUCCUCCUGGUGGUACCUUACUUUCGCGGUGCUUCUUAUGUCUAUUUCCACUUUAUCAGACCCUGCAUGUCUAGAAAUGAACAUAUAUGUGACCUUCUACUCAUCCCAAGGACAAAGGUUUGUUUAUUGAAUGAGCAGAAUGAAAUUCUUGGUGCAGCAGAGAGCUAUGCCAGAGAAAAGGACGAGGACGAAUCGGAAAAGUUCACUACUUUCGAGGUUAAAUCGAAAUCUAAUCACGAUAACAUCAAGAGGGAUCUGCAGUGGCCAACAAGUCCGAAGAAAAUUCAGAAGGAAUGGAGCUGUGCUGUGUGUCUGAUCAGCGCUUCCAGCAAAAAAAACUUGGAGAAGCAUUUCCGGGGAAAGAAGCACAAUGGCAAGGAAGAGGAACAUAGAAGAAAUGAAGUGGCACCAAACGAAACAAUCAGCUUUUCUGUGACGAAGAAAACAGAUUGUGGGACAAGUUUGACUUCAAUUGGGAACUUGAACCAAAUUAAAUGGGUCAACCUUAAAAAAUUGAGCAGCCUUUUAGGGCCAGUAACCGGAUCAAUUAGUUGGUGUAGAUGGAAGAAGCCAAGGUGUGGCUGGAUGAAACUGAAUGCUGACGGGUCUGUUGAUCGAGAUCAUGCAGGUUUUGGUGGUUUGCUCCGGGAUCACAGAGGUAGCCCAAUAUGUGCGUAUGCCUCGAAAGCUCCUAGAGGUGACAUUUUCUUGGUUGAGUUAUGGGCCAUAUGGAGAGGCCUUGUUCUUGCUGUAGGCCUGGGGAUCAAAGCCAUAUGGGUUGAAUCCGACUCGAUGAGUGUGGUGAAAACAAUUAACAAAGAGCAGCCUUAUAGUCCAAGGGCUAGUAGCUGUUUGAACCAAGUAUGGAAGCUUCUGAAGAAGUUUCAGAAGUACAAAGUUACUCACUCAUGGCGGGAAACCAACAGAGCUGCCGAUCAUCUUUCAAAGAUGAAUCUUGUUGGAAGUGAUGCCGUUAUCUGGCCUGCAGAUUUUCCCAAUAGACUACGCACCAUCAUUGAAGAGGAUGCCGAAGGAAGGUGGUAUCGCAGGGGAUAGUUUCCCCUUCACCCCACCUAUCAGGCGAGGACAACAGUUACAAGGCCCUCGAGGAUGCAGAUUUGAUUUUGAUGGUAAAAACCCAUCCCUUUGCGAAGGGAAGUAAAAACCCAUCGAUGAGGUUGGCCUGACACGGCCAGGCCGGCAUCGGGAAUCGCAGCUUUCUCCGCCGGCAUGGCGGGCGUUGGUUAGAGCUGUGAAGGCUUCAUCAAAUUCUGCUGGCCUCUCCCUCCCUCCUGUUGCCUCUCGCGCAGUCAUCUGGAUCAGAAAUGGUGCUGACCGCCGUACUCUGUAUCAUUGUUUGUUAAUAGUUAUGCUGUUGAUAGUUAUGCUUUAUGAAACGAAAUAGCCCUUGAGCCUUCGUUUCAAUUUCAAGGUAACAACAUUUGGGCGUUGUUUGGUUUCAGAGAAUAUUUCCUAAUUUUCUAUUCUGAUGCUUUAAUUA